AAUGUGGCGGGGGCAGCCGUCGCUUGGAUUGGCGUGGUGGUGGUGGGGAGCCUAGAGGUUUCAAUGGAUAAAGGUCGGAUACUCGGGGCCGGAUCCUGAACAUCCUGUAGGGCGCAGUCCUAUACACGUUUAGGCAGAAAUAAGUCCUGCAGCUCCGGGGAAUUGUAGGGAGUUGUAGGAUUUAUUUUUGUCUAAACAGGCAUGUGAUUAUUUAUGUAGCUGUUAGAUUUAUAUCCCAGCUUUUUGUUUUUAAAGAACUCAGAGUGGCUUCCAUCGUUCUGCUGCUGCUCUCCAUCUUAUCCCACAACAACAACCCUGUGAGGUAGGCUGGAUUGAGAGUCUGUGGCCCAAAGUCACCCAGUUCUCUCCAUGGCUGAGUAGGGAAGAGCCCAGAUUGCCUGAGUUGCAGUCCCAUGCUCUUAAACACUAUGCUACAGUGGCUCUCAUCCUUACUAACCCCUCUUCACUCACAUAUUUGGUGAAAGAGUGGGUCCUCAUCUUCCUCCUUUCUAAUUAAUUUGGGAAAGGAGGCUUCUAAAACUGCAUUAGUAACUUAAAUGUAGAGCCGCUUGGAGAGGGGGUUUAGCAAUCUGCUGCUAGAGAUUAAGCGUGUGACUGGAAUGGUAAUUUAGCGCUGUGACACUUGAUUUCAGUUUUGUGGGAAAACUGUCUUUGGGGUUUCUUGCACUCAAUUCUACUUAUCCUUUCAGUCCCUCAAAAGAAGCACAAGUUUCUAAUUCAGGGAUCCUGAGUCAGGAGCCCCAUAUGAUAAAGAAUUAUUAUUUAUUUUUAAUGUAAGUACAUGAAUUUGUAUGAAAUGCAUGCAACUUUCUAGCAAGUAUACAUAGGCUUUAACAAAAGUGCAUCAAUCAUCCAAAUAAGUAUCUGUUUUAAGGUGGUGUAUAUAAGCUACCUGCUCGUGUAUCUACAGCAUUAUAAGGUCCUCAGUUCAUUGUAUUAUAGGAAGUGAAAAUCCUUCCAAUUUGUGGUUUCACUCUUUUAGCUGUCUAAAGGGCACAGAAAAGUGAUUUCACUUUCCAUUUGUUAAUUUAUAUGAAACAGGUAAACUAUUUUUUAAAGUGUAUACAUCACUAAAUAUUAAAGACUGCUCCAAUACAAAAUUUAUUUGUGUAAUAAACUUCUCCUGAAAAGCAAUUAGAGGAUAUUGCCAAAAUAUGUUUAAAUGAAGGAGUAGCUGUAUUGUAUUAUCAGCAAAUAACUGAAUUUGACUAUACGAAUAUACAAGAUGUUGCAGUAUCCAUUAGAGAUGAAAUAAAGGUUUUGCUGAAUAAGAGUUCAUAGACAUGACAAUUAGAUCCUUGAUGUAUCUAAACAUGAGGAAUAAUUGUGAUAAAGGUUAGAGCAGCCUUCUCCUAACAUGUGCCCUUUAGAUUGCAAAUGCCAACAUGGAAAAGUCGGGGGUGGAUGGCUAGGAAAUUACAGUUACUCUGGGAACAAAUUGGUAGAGUGGCAGAAGGCAAUAUAGGUGAUAAGAUAAGGCUAGGGAAGUUCAUAUAACAUGCUGCAGAACAUGGAUCUUGAGGAAGGGGCUGCAAAUGGCUUGCUAUAUAGAGAGAAAGAAGUUGCUUGACAAGUGGAAAGGGUACACUAUUCCAGGCAAAAGGAGAAAUACCAUGGUAGGAAGAAAGGAGACAUGUGAUAGAUGGGAAGGAUAAAAGGUAGAAAACAAGUUGAGAUACAUAGGUCCUCAUGGCAUGAUUUAAUGAUACUGUGAUGAUACAGAAAGAUGGCAAAGAUGAGCUGUAUUUUAUGCUGAAGGCUAUAUUACCUCAGGGUAAUCCAUCGGGCUGGCAGUGGGUGGGACUGGGUGACACGAGAGCCAAAAGUGAGCAGGGACGCCACACCCCUUCUUUCUCUGUGCCCCCCUUUCCCCCCUCUCUCUGUCCUUGUAGUUUGACUGCAAAGUUGCAUUUUUGGUCAUUAAAAACUUGAUAAUAAGUAAGAUGGUUUCUUGAAGGAUCACCUUGUCCCAUAUAAACCUACCCGCCCAUUGAGGUCUGGGCAUGACAUCCUUCCAAAAGAGCCAUUCCUAAAGAAAGUGAAAAGAAUGGCAAUUAGAAGGCCAUUUUGGUGGCUGCCCCUCACCUUUGGAAUGGGCUCCCUACAGAGGUCACUGCUUUAUUUUGGCGCCAGGUGAAAACUUUUCAUAAGCAUUAUGAGACCUGAUUUUUAACAACUGGUUAUCUAAAAAAUCAUGUUCUGCCAGCAGUUGGGUUUUGUUUUGGGUUUAUUUUAUUUCAUAUUCAGGAAUUCUAAUUGUUGUCUUUAUUUUAUUGUUGUCUGUCACUUAGAGCCCUGUCUGGUUAUUCAGCAGCCCAUAAACGCAAUCAAUCAAUCAAUAGGUAAGAGUGUCAUGGCAGAAACAUAUUGUAUUAAUGGAUACCAGCUGUAUAAAAAAGAAAAAGAAAAGACAAAAUGAGAGCAGAGAAGAAAAGGGAAGGAUGUGAAUGGAUCAUAGAGGAAUGUGUGGCUGAAGAUGUUCUGGGGCUGAGGAAGAGCAGGAUAGCUGGAAAAGAAGCUACAGGCUGGAAUGAAAAAACUCUGCCUUGAUCUGGUCAGAGGCUUGUGGCUCUUGAGCAAAAGGAAAAAGACUCCAAAUAAUCAAAGGAUCAACUAUAUAAAGCUAGCAUAAUUAAUAGAAAAUGAAGAUAUUGCAGCCAGUUAUGUUUUGCUUGUGUGAACUUUGAAUUAAAGGGAAAAUGCCAGGCAAAAAACCAGACACAGUAUACUUCAGUACAAAUGGUUUCUAAUAAAGGUUCAUCUGAAAAUAAUGUCAACUUGUAUUUAUCCAUCUUAUGCUACAGAUUACUUUAGGGAGAAGGAAUAUUUUAGUGUUGAGGAUAUGUAUGGAAAGGAGUAUGUGCCAUAUAAGAUGAUUUUUAAAAGAAAUCAUAGCUAUUUAUUUUUAGAAAGGAAUAUCUGGAUUGUACUUGUUGUAAGUAAUUAUGUAUUUUACUUCUGUUUUUAAAAUGUAGGAUUGGGAUAACCAACUAUUAAUUGUCCACAUAAGAAGAUCAAGCAACCAUUACAGUGGUUAGUGGACAACUAUUAAUUGUCCACGUAAAAUUAACUAAACAGCAUUUAAUAUUAUCCAAAGGAAAAAUAUUUAACCAUACUGAAGAAUAUUCUAUCUUCCCAGUUUGACUGAUGUUAACUAUUGCUAUGUUUUGGAUAAAAAGUAGACCAAGGAAUAAGACAUUUCGAAUACAAAGGAAUUUAAGCUUGAAUAAAGAAGAUUGUGCAAUGUUUAACCUGUUUUAUCCUCAUUCUUUCUGGAAUUUGAAUUUAUAUUUGAUUCAGUUAUCCUAAAGUAUACUCUAAAGGACAGAUAUUUCUAUUAAUUAGUCAUAUUGCAUGUAUAUUUGAGAUGCAAAAAGCUUAUGACAGAACAUUUGGAAUAAUUUCUGAGUGUUUUCCUCAGUAAAACUGGACAAUGAGAACAACUGGAUUCAUUUCCUUAGGGGUAUUAGCAUCAUUGCUUUGCUGUCAGCUAAUAACCUCUGCCGAACAUGAGGAUAUAGUGCAACAUGCAAUAAAAUUGCAUCGUGGGAAAGGAGCUGCUGUUACACAAAGGAAACAGUGGCUUGUAGAAAACUGCAGAAAGCUCUCUGGCCUCCUGCAUCAAAAGAAUGUAGUUCUCAACAAACUAAAAAAUGCAAUAAGAGCAGUGGAAAAGGAUUUGGGGCUGUCACUUGAAGAGAGGACUUUUCAGGUUCACACAUUUGAAAUUUUUCAAAAAGAGCUAAAUGAAAGUGAAAACUCGGUCUUCCAAGCGAUCCAUGGUCUCCAAAGAGCUCUACAAGGUGAUUACAAAGAUGUUGUGAACAUGAAAGAAAGCAGCCGGCAGCGAUUGGAAGCUUUGAGAGAAGCUGCAAUAAAGGAGGAAACCGAAUACGUUGAACUUCUAGCAGCAGAAAAGCAUCAAGCUGAAGCCCUGAAAAACAUGCAGCAUCAAAAUAAAAGUUUAUCGAUUCUUGAUGAGAUUCUUGAAGAUGUAAGAAAAGCAGCUGAUAGGCUGGAAGAGGAGAUAGGAGAGCAUGCCUUUGAUGACAACAAGUCAGUGAGAGGAGUUAAUUUUGAAGCUGUCUUAAGAGUGGAAGAGGAUGAAGCAAACACUAAAAGAAAUAUUUCCAAAAGGGAGGUGGAAGAUGAUUUGGGGCUAAGUAUGCUUAUUGAUUCUCAAAACAAUCAGUACAUACUUACUAAGCCCAGAGAUUCUACAAUUCCACGUGCUGAUCAUCAUUUUAUAAAGGAUAUUGUGACCAUAGGAAUGUUAUCUUUGCCUUGUGGCUGGCUUUGCACAACAAUAGGAUUACCAACUAUGUUUGGAUACAUUAUUUGUGGAGUGCUCUUGGGACCAUCAGGAUUAAACAGCAUUAAGUCAAUUGUACAGGUAGAGACUUUGGGAGAGUUUGGUGUAUUCUUCACAUUGUUCCUGGUUGGCCUGGAGUUUUCCCCUGAAAGAUUAAGAAAGGUAUGGAAGAUAUCAUUACAAGGACCCUGUUAUAUGACACUCCUGAUGAUUGCAUUUGGCUUACUGUGGGGACACUUUCUACAAAUUAGAGCAACUCAGAGUGUUUUCAUCGCUACUUGUUUAUCAUUAUCAAGCACACCAUUGGUAUCUAGAUUCCUUGCAGGGAGUGCCCGGGGAGAUAAAGAAGGAGAUAUUGACUACAGUACUGUUCUGCUUGCAAUGUUGGUGAUGCAGGAUGUACAGCUUGGCCUGUUUAUAGCUGUCAUGCCAACUCUUAUUCAAGCUGGAGUUGGCACACAUUCCAGCAUUAUCAAGGACAUAAUGAGAAUACUGACAUUGACUGGACAAAUUCUCUUUUCUCUGGCUGCUGUCUUACUUAUAUGUCUUGUUUUAAAGACAUAUCUAAUAGGACCAUACUACCGCAAGUUGCAUACAGAAAGCAAAGGAAAUAAAGAAAUCCUAGUUCUUGGAAUUUCAGCUUUUAUGUUCCUUAUGUUAAUGAUCACAGAGGUAUUGGAUGUUUCAAUGGAACUGGGAUGUUUCCUAGCAGGAGCACUUAUUUCUUCUCAGGGUCACAUGAUUACUGAAGAGAUUAUGUCUUGUAUUGAACCAAUACGUGACUUCCUUGCCAUCAUAUUCUUUGCAUCUAUAGGCCUUCAUGUUUUCCCUACAUUUGUAAUAUAUGAACUCACGGUCUUGUUGUUUCUUACACUUUCAGUGGUAAUAAUGAAGUUUUUUCUGGCAGUACUUGUCCUUUCUAUGAUUCUUCCAAAGACCAGUCAGUACAUCAAAUGGAUAGUAUCAGCAGGCUUGGCUCAAGUCAGUGAGUUUUCCUUUGUCUUGGGAAGUAGAGCACGCAGAGCGGGUAUAAUUUCUCGAGAGGUCUACCUCCUUAUACUGAGUGUGACUACUCUAAGCCUAUUGCUUGCACCAGCACUUUGGAGAGUUGCAAUUAUGAAAUAUGUACCAAGACCUGAAAGACGAUUAAGUUGCUGAAGAUAAAAUCUUUCAUGGAGGAAGCAUCUUUAUUCAUUACAUUUCUUAUGCAGCAAACAAAAGUAGUUUAUGUUCUUCAGCAUAGUUUUACACUGACUUUAGUUUUUGAAACAAAAUUAUACAUUUUUCACAUUCUUGUCUUGGAGUAUUAAAAAAUAACAUUUGUUAAACUGAUUUUGCAACAAUUGAUUUUUAAAAAAAAAAUAGUCUACAAAUAAAAUAAUCGACUGAUGUGCCUUUUUGAGUAUUGUUUUCAGUCAGUGCAGCAAAUGUAAUUUGUAUGCAGUCUGUGGUACUAUUAAGGAACUCUGAAAUAAGUAUCCAAAAUAAAUUAGCAUCAAGGCACAGAAGAAGCAUUUUAAGUGCAAUAUGUAUGUUAGUUCUUCCAUUUGAACAUGAGGUUGAAACCUUUACUGUCUAUCAAAGGACUGAAAAUUAAUACUCCUAAGGCUGCAAUCCUGUAGCAGCUUCUUUGGAAGUAAGUACCAUUGAACUCAGUGGGACUUACUUCUGGGUAGACAUGUAUAGAAUUGUCUUGCUCAAGUGGUAUUUCCUCUAACUGAUGCAUUUUAAUUAAUGUAAAAGUCUUUGCCAUAUUUAAGAAUAUUUUUAUUGUGAUCAGAAAUGACUUGCAGUAUGAGUACAGUAUCAAGGGUUUCUUGUCUUGAUCAUGCUAAUUGUUCAAAACCAAACCAUCACAGAAAUUAAAACUAAAUUAAAACUAUUUUGGAUAUGUUAGAUUUGUGUUGCUUCAUUAGGUGAACCAUUUAUAUAAUGUAAGAAGGAACAACUUGAGCGUGUUGGAGUAUCAUAAAACAGAAUUUAAUCACAUUGAAUAAAUGUUUGAAUGCUAUACUAUUCUUAUAAAGAAGGACUUGUAAUAAAUAUUCAGAUACUGAAAAUGUAUUUCUUAAA